AUGAGGACCGAAGCGUACGGCCAUCCGGAGCCGAAGUGUUUAUUGGAGUCGAGAACGUUGACUUCCGAUAGAAGCAGAGGGCUCUGCGAAGGUGCCGCGUUUGUCGGAGGUUCUGGAAGCAGCAAGAGCACCAUCAGUUCCCUCACGCAGCGCUUCCACGGCCCGACUUCCGGCUACAUCACGAGAAAUCAAGGCGCUUUCUCGCUCAUGUCGCUAGUGCAACAAGAGUCGCUGCUGUACACGGACUCUGUCCGCGAUAACGUCGGGCGAACAGCAAUAGCACAUCGCCUGGCCAGAGCUUUGAAACGUAAGCCACGCCUGCUGCUGCUUGAUGAGGCAACCUCUGCACAGGACAUGCAGGGCGAGCAGGUUUUGCAGAAGACACUUAAUGAGGCAGCCUCCGGUCAAACGAGUGUUGCUUUCGCUCAUAGUAUUCGCCGUACGGAUGUCAUCUUUCUCAUUGAAGAUGGCAGGGUUGAGGAAAUGGGCACCCAUGAGGAGUUUCGGCGCCCGGCGGAUCGGUACCUUGCCAUGUGUUUGGCACAGUCGCUGAACCAGGCAUGA